CGGACGAGGCUCUCUCGUAUUCUCUCUCUCGUGCGCGCGCGCGCGCGCUCACGUCCGUCGUAAAUCGUCACCAUCAGAACACCGUCCUUCCGCAUUUCGCGACUCGAAGAAGCAUCGCGCUCACCGCGAACCGCCGGAGGCUCUCUCUCUCUCUCUCUCUCUCUCUCUCGCUUCUUUCUCGUUUUUCUAUCUCGCGGAACGAGUCGUCUCGCGUCUCGUCUUUCAUCACUCGCACGGGCCGCAGCUACGCGAGUCAGGAUGCGGGUCCUGACGGUGCUGAUCCUAGGAUCGCUCGUUGCCUACGCCGUCGACGGCGCCGUUAUACCGGACGAAGGUCUCAAGAAGGACCUGCAGAAUGUAUGGCAGGAAGACAGCUUCGUGAUCGCGUUGUCCAACAUCAAGAUCAAGAAGAGGCAGUCCGGCAGCGCGAUCGAGACUCUCCUAGCCGUCAAGUAUGGAGAGUCGAAGAGCAAGAUAGUAUUGAUGCUCGAUCGGCGAACGAAACGCGUUGUUCUCGAGAGCCUCGAUGAGAGCGGCCGACGCAGCGCCGACCACGUCAAUGUGGACAGCCUCGCGGUGAACACGCCGCUGAAGAGUUUGAUCAUCCUGCUGCAUCAAGAUCAGCCGAAUCCUCGCGUGGACGUGUACGUCGACUGUGUCUAUCAGGGCUCCAUACCGUUCAAGAGGACCUUCCGCGACAUCGCCGAGAACGAGGAGAGCCCGUAUGUGGAAGUGUUCCGGGAACGAAAAUGCCAGGCAAAAGUGCACAAGACUUCGAGCAUCAGCGAGGUGCUGCGGAAAGAGCAAUGUCCCAACAACCUAGUCGACAUGAUUCUCCCGUCGGUACUCGAGACCGAUUUAUUUCCCGGACGCACGAAUAUCCGACCUCUAUCUCGACCGACCGAUCGCGCUUCCGACGAGGACGAUACGAUCGAAGAGCCCGAGGCAUCGGACCAAGAUCAGACCAGCAGCCUGGAAUCAGCCGGCGGCGGUCACCGUCCGAGUCAUAAAGAGCCCUCCGGUAACAAGAAGAAGCCUCACGGCUCACGGCCUGAACGCGGUGAUCCCGAUGCCGGUUACGCCAACUCGCACCGUCCUAACCGUGACCACACUCGUCGUCCCGACAGAGACCCGCCCGGUUAUGUGUUCAACUUGAAGCCCGACGAAUUGGGCGAGGCGGGACCAAUAUCGGACGCAGACGAUGAACAUCGCGAUCGUGAAAAUCGCCCCGGACGAGAUAAAUCGAAAGCGCCCGCAAAGUUCAAACGACGACCCUACAAGGACCUACCGGGUUUGCCUGCCGACAAAUCGGACGAACAAGGGCCUAAACGACCCGACAAAUGGAGACCGUUUGGCAAUGAUAAAGACACAGUUCUAGAACCGUACGAUCAGAUCGAACCGGACGUUCAUCAACCUGAAAAUAAGACCAGGCCACCCAGGAGAGGCGACAUCGGGAUCCAGAGUCUAGAUGAGAAAAUUUGUCUGACCGACACCAACAUCGUGAAGGCUCUGAAUGAAUUAAUCGACGCCACCAAGAAGAUGUGGAGGGAACUGGAGCAAAACAGACUGGAAACCCAGCAACUUCGUCGUUUGAUCGAAAACUGCGCGGCGUGUCGUACACCCACCGUGCCACCGCCGACACGGCCGCCGACGUCCACAUGCGACCAUAACUCCCCGUGCUUCCCCGGCGCCGAUUGCCGCGAUACGUCCAGAGGACCCCAAUGCGGCCCUUGUCCCCCUGGUUUCACCGGAAACGGACGGGUCUGCACCAAGAUCUACGUCAUCACCUGCAUCGACCGACCGUGCUACCCCGGGGUGCAGUGUUUCAACAUCAGCAGCGGUUACAGAUGCGGCGGAUGCCCGAACGGCUACACAGGAAACGGCGAGAAGUGCGAGAGACGCAGGAACCCUUGCCAUUCUCAGCCCUGUCACCCGGAGGUUCAGUGCUACCCCAUCGAGCACCAGCCGUAUUACAGAUGUGGUCCCUGCCCAAGAGGGUACGUGGGUAACGGCAGCACCUGCCUCGACAUAAACGAAUGCGAGCUGUCUCAGCCGUGCUUCCCCGGAGUGCGUUGUAUCAAUCUCCAUCCCGGGUACAGAUGCGACCCGUGCCCGACGGGUUACGUCGGGCCAUUUGUAGAGGGUAUCGGCGUCGAAAUGGCCCGCAAGCAGAAGCAAAUCUGCCGCGACAUAAACGAGUGCGAGACCAACAACGGCGGAUGCGACCCCUACGCGGAGUGCGUCAACACCGAGGGAUCCUACAGAUGCGGUCCAUGCAGAAGCGGCUACAUCGGCAACCAGACAACCGGCUGUCAUUCCAGAGGCAACGUCUGCCCGGACUUGACGACGGCCUGCGACGUCAAUUCCGACUGCAUCCAAGUGUUCACCCACGAGUACAUCUGUAAAUGUCACGUCGGCUGGGCCGGAAACGGACUGAUUUGCGGCCCCGACACCGACAUGGACGGCAUCCCCGACAGGAGCCUCAACUGCCACGAUUCUCGCUGUCAGUCCGACAACUGCCCCACGACACCCAACAGUGGGCAAGAGGACACCGACAGGGACGGCAUAGGCGACGCCUGCGAUCAAGAUUCCGACAACGACAGCGUGCUCGAUAGGAUCGACAAUUGCCCGUUCAUUUAUAAUCCGGAUCAGAAGGACACCGAUGGCGACAAGAUUGGCGACGCCUGCGACAAUUGCCCGUUUGUCGACAACCCGAGGCAAUGGGACAUCGACGGCGACACCAAAGGCGACGACUGCGACGACGACAUGGACGACGAUCGCAUCCCGAAUCACCAGGACAACUGCCCGAGGGCGAGGAACGCGGAUCAAUUCGACAGCGACGGCGACGGCGUCGGCGACGCCUGCGACAAUUGUCGACACGCGCCGAAUUCCAAUCAAAUGGACGAGGACGGCGACGGGGUCGGGGAUGUUUGCGACAACGACAUGGACAAGGACAAGGACGGUGUCCAAGACAACUUGGACAAUUGCCCCAGCGUGCCGAAUCCCGGACAGAACGACGUUGACCGUGACGGUAUGGGCGACGAAUGCGACGAUGACAUCGACAACGACGGUGUGUUGAACAGAGUCGACAACUGUCCGUACGUGUACAAUCCGGACCAACGCGAUAUCAAUCGCGACGGAAUCGGCGACGCGUGUUGGAACGACCACGACAACGACACGGUUAUCAACAUCUACGAUAACUGUCCCAACAACAGUCUGGUGUGGACAACGGACUUUCGUAAGUACAAGACGAUCAAUCUCGACCCGAUCGGCACGUCGCAGGAAGACCCCGUGUGGAGAAUUAAUCACCACGGCGCGGAGAUUCAGCAGCUCAUCAACAGCGACCCUGGAAUCGCCAUAGGACCGGAUGUGCUCAGCGGCGUCGAUUACGAAGGCACCUUUUACAUCGACGACGACACCGACGACGAUUACGUGGGAUUCGUAUUCUCCUAUCAGGACAAUCGUAGAUUCUACAUCGUCGCCUGGAAGAGAGAGAAUCAGGUCUACUGGCUGGGCACGCCGUUCCGCGCGGUGGCCGAUGCCGGGAUCACGUUGAGACUCGUCAAUUCCGCGACCGGGCCGGGCGAGGUGCUCAGAAACAGUCUCUGGCAUAACGAGGACACGCCUGAUCAGGUGAAGAUCCUGUGGAGGGACCCGAGCAAGUACGGCUGGCAGCAGAGGACUUCGUACAGGUGGCAUCUGCUCUACAGACCGCAGAUCGGCCUCAUCAGAUUCUGGUUGCACGAGGGCACGCGCUUAGUGAGCGACUCUGGGAACAUUUACGAUUCGACUUACGCAGGCGGUCGACUGGGCGUCUAUUGCUUCUCGCAGGAGAUGAUCACCUGGUCCGACUUGCUGUACAAGUGCACAGACACCGUGCCACAAUCCGUAUGGAACGAGUUACCGUCUCACCUGCAGGCGCAGGUUCAGGUGAGUGCAAGCAACUUCGGGCAGCCGCAAAUGACACGAUGGAGAACAUACGACUAUUACUAAAAUACGUUCUCGGCGACCUAUUUACGGCGCGAUCAAAAGAAAAGUGAACGGAGGGAGUUUGUUUUGUCAUCCGUAAUCCUCUCGCAAGAGUAUCGAGAGAGCCGAAUUACAGCCGGUUUAAAGCCGCUAUAAGCAAUUAUGCCGAAAUGGCGCUUGCUUGGCGCACUUAAAUAAAAUGCAACUCCACACCAUUUUUCGAGAGCGCGACACAAAACGACGUGUGUAUUUUGAUAGAUUACAUAGAUCCCCCUCCCCCUCCCCCGUUACAGAGAGGUAUUUAAUAUUCCAACCGGCGCUCGCACACACGCGAAUGUAUCUUCUCUCUCUCUCUCUCUCUCUCUCUCUCUCUC